UGCUGUUGCCUGUAACACAGGCAGGAAGCGACCCUAUAGUGUGGUAGAGGCAGGAGGAUCAGUAGGGUCUGUCUGAUUAAGAAGAGCGAGUGAUCGCCUGUGUGAGACGAUGAUGUGCAGUGAUGAUGGAUCAGUCUUCUUCCAGCUGCAGCAGCACCAGUCACUGCCUUCCCAGUCUGCCCAGUAAGGCCAGUAUGAGCAGCAGGCUGGUGCAUGUGGAUUUCCCCGAGGUGCCGGUGUCAUUAUUGGAGAGUCUGAACCAGCAGAGGCUGGAGGGGCAGCUGUGUGACCUGAGCAUCCACGUGCAGGGCCAGGAGUUCAGGGCUCACCGCUGUGUGCUGGCAGCUUCCUCGCCGUACUUCCACGACCAGGUCCUCUUGAAGAACGUCUCCUCUGUGGUCCUCCCCUCUGUCAUGGACCCCCUGGCCUUCGAGAGUGUGCUGGGCUCCGCCUACACGGGCAGACUGAGCAUGCUCAGGGACGAGCUCAUCAAUUACGUGACGGUGGGCAGCUUCCUGCAGAUGUGGCAUGUGGUGGACAAGUGUACAGAGCUGCUGAGGGAGGGCAGGGGGCUCCUGCAGAGCUGCCAGCCCCCCAGCAACGAGCAGCAGUCCCCCAGCAGCACCAACUACUGCAGCCCACCAGAGGGUGCCGGCGAAGCAGCCAGCCAACAGCAACAGGGCCACCUCUACAGCAGCGCCGGUCACCCCAGUAAGUAUUGCCGGGGUGACACGAGAGAGGCGGGCCAUUCGCCCCCCCAGGACAGUGAUGUCAUUGCAGGCUCCUCCAGUAUUCACAACCGCUCCCUCCCACUCCAGCGCUCCCAGUAUCCCCAGCCGUCCGCCGGCUACGCAGACGAGCUUGCCCUGGCCAGCAGCAGUGUCAGUAACCCCCGAUCCAGGUCCCGCCUUGACGCGAACGCGGGUUUGGCUAACUUACGUACCGCUGGCCUGGCUGCAGGGCUCGGGGGGAGGCGCAGCCGCAGCAAGAGUGCAAGGAGCCGGUACCGCUGCCCAGAGCCCCUCCCCUCGCUGUCUGGCAGGCUGGGAGGCAGGGGGAGGAGAGGCAAGGCCCCCAGCUCACAGGAGGGGAGCGAGCUGCUGCUGACCUGUGAGGAGGACGGAGGAGGGAUGGAGAGAUGCAGGGAGGAGGAGGAAGAAGAGGAUGGGGGCGGGAAGCUCCACAGUGAUGAGGGGAGGGGUGAUAAUGAUGAAGUUGAUCAGAGUCGCAGUGAGUCUCUGGGAGAGAUGAUGCUGAGAGAGGCCGAGGAGAUGAUGGCCCACCAUGGCCACCAGACCAGGGGCUGGAGUGAGAAUCAGCCCCAGCCGAUUGAAGCCGGAGCAGAGGUGCAUGCAGGUCUCGAGCAGCCAUCCGGUCUGGUUAGAGAAGAGCUGGAGGAAUCUGAACCAGAUGAAGCUCAAUCCUUCCCUUACCAAAGUCCGUACCACCGGAGCAGAAUCCGACACGCGCAGAACCCCCUGGGUCUCCAACUGAGCCCGUACGAGCCGGGCCUGCACCCCAGCAGCAGUGGUGCCGGCGCACCUCCCUCCUCCCCCAGCCCCGCUCCUGCUGACCAGGUGCCUUUCUGCGAGUCCUCCCAGGACUUUGUCUCUACGUAUGACGAAAUCGAGGAGGGGACAGGGCAGGUGUCCCAGCGCCCGCUCCUUGCCCCUCCCCACUCCUCCGGGGAGCAGCAAGAAGGGGGCGGGUUCCCAGGUGUGGCCGACACCCCACCGCUCGCCGGCGCCACCUACACUGGCAAGGUGCACCUGUGCCACUGCGGCAAGGCCUACACCCUGAAGAGCAUGCGGGACCGGCAUGUGAAGAUGCAGCACCUGAAUCUGCGGCCCUUCGCCUGCCCCGUCUGCGCCAAGACCUUCAAGAUGAAGCACCACCUCACCAAGCACCUGAAGACUCACGCCAGCCUGCAGCCCUUCGAGUGCCAGCUCUGUGGCAAGAAGCUCAUGUGGAGGGACAGCUUCCUGCGGCACCGCGGCCACUGCGAGAGGCUGGCUGCAGUGGAGAUUGCAGCCGGAGUGAAGGAGGAGGAGGAGGAGGAGGUUGACCGGGGGGGGCUGGGUUACCUGCUGAAGGAGAAGGAGGAGGAGGAGGGGAGCGGAGAGGGGGGGUUCAGGCAGCAAGACUCCUUUGCUUGA